UAGGCCUACAUACAUUUUAUUUUCAUUAUAAAAGCCAUUAGAGUAGUUUUUACCUCGAGUAGCAGAAUUUCGUGUGAUGACGUUUUGCAGCCAGUUUGUGUUUUUAAACUAAUCAUAAUUAAAUGGGCAGGCAAAGUGAUCUUCUAAAGAGCGAUCAGAAAGCGGAAAUCUCUGUAUCGUUCAGCUUUGCCGCAUACCAUGUCUGCAUACCCAGAGCCAUGACAGUGUUUGUGUCCAUAUAACUGUGUCUCCAUUCCUAAUCAUCACUUUGUUUUCCAACCUUCCACAGUGUUCUUACUGUAAUAAGCUUCACUAUUCUUGCAUGGGGGAUAAGUAAAAGUGUUUUUUCUCAAAGGCAUGUCAUUACGUUUGUGCUUCACAACUUUAAUGGCAGGUUAACCUGCCUACAUGAGGCGGGUAUGUACAACAUUGUAUUCAGAGAAAGAGAGAUAAAUUUAUUUUCGCUAUUUCAAGGAAAAAAAAUAAACGCAGGAACACAGACCCUCCGAACUUUGACCAGCACUUCUAUCCAAUCGACGCAAGGCUUGGGUUGAAACAGCUUUCAAGAUGUCUGCGGCCAUGGUAGAACAUGUUGUUGCUGAUGCUGGAGCUUUCCUUAAGAAUGCACCUUUACAGGACAUUGGAAAGAACAUUUAUACCAUCAAAGAAGUUGUGAAUGAAAUCCGUGAUAAGGAAACAAAAAAAAGGCUUGCCUUUUUGCCAUACACGCUUCAGUUCAAGGAUCCCUUUCCAGAGUUCAUUCAAUUAGUGACUGAAUUCUCCAAAAAGACAGGUGAUUACCCAAGCUUGUCGGCAACAGACAUCAAGGUUUUAGCCUUGACCUACCAGCUUGAGUCGGAACAUGUGGGAAUCAACCAUCUGAAACAUGAACCGGAAAGAAAAGUCCAAGUGAGCAGCACUCGACAACAUCCAGAGGCCCCAGUAAAUAUUGCUGGAUUUCAUCUACCUUCAAAGAAGCACCAAGAAAAUGCUGCUGCAAUCAGUUCCACACAGUCACAGACCCCAGAGAGUUCAGAGUUCAACACCUUCCAGUUCUGGAGGAAUCCACUGCCCAGCAUAGAAGCUGAUCUAUUAGAGUUACUGAAUGCUGAGUUGGUGUCAGUACAAGACAGCUCCACAGGUGUAGAGGAUCUUCUUUCCAGAGAGAAUCAUGAAGGGGAGGGGGACUCUAAAGAAGGGAGUGAGGAAGAAGAGGAAAAGGCAGGGGAAGCUGCUGCUGGUGAUGAUGAUAAUGAUGAUGGAGGUUGGAUAACCCCCAGCAAUAUCAAACAGAUUCAGCAGGACAUGGGGUGCUGUGAAACUCCUUCCAAAAUGCAAGUUGGGUGUCUGACUACAGAUUUCGCCAUGCAGAAUGUUCUUAUUCAGAUUGGGCUCCAUGUGCUCUCAGUCAGCGGAAUGUUAAUCACUCAAGCCAGGAGUUACAUCCUGCGGUGCCACGCAUGCUUCAAGACCACAUCCAACAUGACAAAAGUCUUCUGCCCAAACUGCGGGAAUAAAACCUUGAAGAAAAUUGCAGUGACGAUAAAGGAGGACGGCAGUGUCCAGAUGCACUUCUCACGCAACCCCAAGGUGCUGAAUCCCAAAGGAAUGCGGUACUCCCUGCCAAAGCCCCAGGGUGGGAAGCAUGCUAACAACCCCCACCUUGUGGAGGACCAGCACUUCCCACAGCAGCGGCUGUCCCGCAAGGCCCGGCAGAAGACCAACGUCUUUGACCCCGAUUACACUGCUGGGGGGUCUCCCUUCGCAGAAAACGACAUCUACAGCCGGGCGGCUAACCUCAACAUCCGGGACAGCCAGUGCGGAGCAGGCCGACGCAGGGUAAACCCCAACACCGCCAACAAGAAAUUUGUCAAGAAAAGAUGAAAAAUAAAUUCAGCAUGCAAUAUUUAUAUUCUGACUGCUUCGAUCAAUGUUACAGAAUUAAAUCUGUAUGCCGGUACAAACAAAGGACUUAAAACUACAGACAAGCAAGCAAUUAAUUUUCGAUGGGUCUAAGCUCAAAGUGGUUCUAACUAGUUAUUUAGAUUUUAAAAAAAUGAAGCUGCAAUCUUAAAGCUUAAAAAAAAAAGUUAGACAUUCUUCUAUUUAAAUUCUACGCGACUCUCUUAUUCUUUAAUGGAAUAGCAAGAAGUAAAAUGAGGUGCUUGAUAGGAAGAAUUUUACCAAACAUAUUGGUACAUCUCUGCAAUUUAAGUGAAAACUAGCGAAGCAGUGCUGUGUGCAGGCAGUAAUUUAGCCUGUUGUGUUUAAGUUAUUGGGUGUUAAAAUCCCUCAAAUACCAACAGCUUUGUACACUACUGUAACAAUGUGCAAAUAUAAUUUUAUGGGGAAAUCCUACUUUGCGAGGGUUUGAAGGAGAAUCUCCAUUUACUACGGCACUGAAUUUAGCACAAUGCAGCAGUGAAGCAGACAAUUCUAACAGCUGUUCUGAUUAACAGAAAGGUUGUUUAUGUGAGAUGCACAGUAAUGGCUUUUUAUCUUCUGCACUGCAGUAUGUAGAAGGGGUUUAACAGGAAGAAUGUACUGUUUUUAACUAAAUAAGGACCCAUAUUGUUGACGUGGAACUUUUGUUAUCAAUUUUAAAAUAAAAACUCUACCCAUAACACAUUUGUGAAAAUAUAUAUAAUACCUUAUUCCAAACCAUUACUUUCAAGCAAUAAAAAGUUUUAAGCAUG